ACUUCCAAGAUGCGGAGCAUAAUGAAAUCCUCAGUUGCUUUUGUUUCCUUCCUCUUCACCACAUCAACUAUUGCCUCAGACCAACAGCCUUUUCAAUUCGAAGCUAUGGCCGCCCCAUCACACACUCUACCGGCUCUUCCAUACGCCUACGAUGCACUCGAGCCUCACAUCUCAGCUCAAAUCAUGGAGCUUCACCACUCUAAGCACCAUCAAACAUACGUUACCAAUCUGAACGCAGCCAUGAAAACCCAAGCCGAAGCAGUGCAUACAUCCGAUAUUCCAACUCAGGUCUCACUUCAAGCUGCCAUAAAAUUCAACGCCGGUGGUCAUAUCAACCACUCUCUGUUCUGGCAGAAUCUCGCGCCCGCCAGCUCUCCCGAAGCAAAGCCAUCUUCAGCGCCAUCACUUGUUUCCCAGAUCAAGUCAACUUGGGGUGAUGAGGCCGCCUUCCGGGAGGCUUUCAAGGCAGCUCUAUUGGGAAUACAGGGCAGCGGUUGGGGAUGGUUAGUAAAGGUCGAGACGGGCGCAGAACAGAGGCUCGCAAUCGUGACGACUAAGGAUCAGGAUCCCGUGGUAGGCAAAGGCGAGGUCCCAAUCUUCGGUGUUGAUAUGUGGGAGCAUGCGUAUUACUUACAGUACUUGAACGGCAAGGCCGCGUACGUGGAGAAUAUCUGGAAUGUGAUAAACUGGAAGACGGCUGAGGAGCGUUUUUUGGGUACGCGCGCAGAUGUAUUCAAGCUGCUGAAGACAUCGAUCUAA